GCUAGCAAUUUUGCGCUAAAUGCGCUUUUAAAUAACGGUUUAACGUUUAUAGCGCGCAAAUUAUUUGGCCGAUAUGGUAUGGAAGGAUUUGGCUUUUUAAAUAGCCUUACGGGCGCGAAAUUGGGCUUUAAUAAGCUUUUCGAAAAGUUCCGGUAUUGUUUUAAGCAAUUGCUUGUAAACGGAUUUCGUACAAUUAUCGAAAUAUAUCGGUAUACGGGGGUCGACGGUAUAAUUUUAAUAUGCUUAACGACCAAAAUAGCGGCUAUAAAAUACCGUACGCUUUGUAUAAUUAUUUUUAAAAAAGGGCAAAUAAAUAAGGUUUUAAUUAUCGCUUUAUUGGAAAUUAAUAAUUUUUUGCAACGGAAACGCAUUGCGAAUACUUAUAUAAAGCAAAAAAAAAGCAAUGUCCGUUUCGGGGGCAAAUCCAUUAAAAUUGAAAACGUUGCGGCGGCGUUCGUCGCGCGCUUUACGUUUUUUUUCGGCGAAAGUUUUUUUACCGCGGCGGUUAAAGCCCGCCGGGGGGUUACCGGCAAAACGUUUGCGGGAGUUUUAAAAGGCUGCAAGCGCAAAAGGGCCCGAUAA